AUGACACUUCUCUGUCGAUCGCCAUUGGGGCUGGUUGCCAUCUUUUGGGCAGCCGUCAACGUCUCGGCCGGGCCUUCGGUCAAUGUACACAUGCAAGCGGCCUUUCCGGCUGGUCCCUACCUCCUGGAACUUCUGGAGACUGCUGCUGGCGAGAAUGCUACGUCCUAUUUCCCCAUACUCGACCGCAUUGCUAGCGGGCACUUCAAGGAUUCAUCUACCCACAAGGCGCUGUACGACGACUUCCUUCAGCUUCUACAGGAUGACAACCAUAUCAACAGCCCUGAUGCCUUGUCAACAUUCAAGCUCGCGCUAUCCAUGAGGUUAUCGGCACCACGUAUCGAAGCCCAUUAUCAGUAUUAUGACACUGCUGUCGCGACACAUGUAACUGGAGGAAAGCAGCAGGAUUGUGAAAUCUGGCUCCAGUUCGCGGGGUCCCAAUACUGCUCUCCUACACUGGAGAACCCCGAAGCGAGGGUUUCCAGUAUCGUUAAAUUGCUUCCCUUCGACCGCGUGAUAGGAACAGGCACCGACGUUGCUCUCUAUGCAGACCCUGCGUCAAGCGCAUUUGGUGCUUUCCAUCAAGCAUUAGCGCAAAAAGCACGGAACGGCGAGAUCUCAUACCGGCUUCGCUAUCGCAGAGCUGUGGGCGCCCUGCAAGAACCAUUACCCGUUAAUGGUUAUGGCGUUGAGCUUGCCUUGAAGAGGACUGACUACAUUGUUAUCGAUGAUCGUGAGGCUCAAACGGAUGGCCCGCAGAAGUCCAUCGCCACAGAGGUCGUCCUUGAUAAGGAGGAGGAAGUCGCAGACCUCAAACCUCUUUCAACAUCUGACUUGGCACCGUUGGGUCUUAAGGCUGCCUCUUUCAUCACGCAAAGCCAAGAUCCCUGGGACGCUUUGCUCAAACUGACACAAGACUUUCCCAAAUUCUCUUCGUCGCUUGCUACCCACGAAGUGUCUGAGGACUUCUUGGCUGAGCAUGACAAGAACCGCGCUGCAAUGGCGCCCAGUGGUCUGAAUGCUCUGUGGAUGAAUGGCGUGCAGCUUACUGAGCGCCAAAUUGAGGCAUUCACCUUGAUCGAUAUGCUUCGUCGAGAGAGAAGGCUGAUUGACAACAUUCGGAACCUUGGACUGACCGGCCAGCAAGCUGCUUUGCUUCUGGGACAUCCCAAAGUUGCCUCGGCGAAGAACGACGAUGAGCCGCCGAGGUUUGAUUGGCGUGACGAAAUCGAAGAGGGCAAGGUCAUCAUUUGGCUCAACGACCUUGAGAAGGAUGCCCGCUACAAAGACCUGCCCUCUGAAUUAACCUCGCUGCUUCAACGCACAUACCCUGGCCAAUUGCCUUCGAUUCGCCGGAACAUAUUUACCCUCGUUGUUCCGGUCGACUUAACCAGUCCUGAGGACGUGACUGUCAUCAGCAAUCUUUUCACUUUCGUGGAACGUCGGCUCCCGGUCCGCUUCGGCUUGGUUCCUUUGACGCCCAGUGAUGACAAGGUCGCUCAGGCCAAGGCCGUGUAUCACUUGAUGCAAAACUAUGGUCCCGAGGCUAUGGUAGCCUACCUGCAACAGUCCGUUGAAGACGCGAAAAUCUCCAGACCUGACCAGAUCGUCUUUGAUCGAGUUGUGGCCGAGUCCGUCGCUCUUCCCGAGGCAUCUACUGCUUCCUUCGAUGACGUGAUGCAGUCCGAGGAGCAAGCGGAACGCAUCAAGCUUGCUCAACACUGGGUCAAGCGCCUCAACGCUGGGACAACAAUUCCACCGUUUUUCUUGGACGGCUUGCUGCUUCCUCGAGACAAGGGAUGGCUCAGGACGAUGAGCAUGAAAAUCGGCGGGGACCUUCAAACAAUUUCAGCGAGUCGUCGUAACAGCUACAUCUUUCCUGAGGAUGAGAAGUCCAUCCAAAUCCUUGACGUCAAUAAGAUUUAUGCGGAACACGACAAUCUCUUUUCUGCGGUCCCUGUCAUUCAGGGCUAUGCUGAGGCCACCAAGGAAACCUGGGCAGCCCUGACAAUCGUUGGCGACCUCACAACGCAGGCCCGGAAGGGACUUGCUCGUGCCAAUCCCGGCAUUCGUCUUGACAUUGUGCACAAUUCAGCCUCGACUACGACCGGGCCACUCAUCAAUGCCGCUCUGAGAAAGGAGGAGAGCGCUUUGACUGAAGUAGAGACCCCGGAGCAGCUGAAGGCCAUACUCGAUGCAGCUGAGACUGGGUCUGAUGGGGACUAUACGAUCGCCCUCGCAUCAUUCUUGUCAGCCGCCACCAUCGCACCUGGGGCCAACGCACUCAUCCUCAACGGUCGAGUCAUCGGUCCGAUAACUGAGGACCUUCCUUUCGAUGAGGAUGACUUCCAGCUAUUCCUUGAAUCUGAGCAAACAGCCCGAAUCCUCCCUGUGUAUGCCGCGCUGGAAGAUCUCAGCCUGGCGGAUCGUCUAUCUGGACCCCUUGCGGCUGCCAAGCUGACAUCCAUCACGGCACUUUCGACCAUCUCGGAUGUGCCUGAGGGCAUUUUCGAGUCGGCCUCUACUGUGCGUGUGAAUUCGUUUGAGGCUUGGGAUUCAAAACACACUGCAAUUGAGGUCGGAAACGCGGAGACAGCAAGCAUUCAUUUGACCGGUCUUCUGAACCCCGUCAGCGAGCAGGGUCAGCGGUGGGCUCCGAUUCUCAAGGUUCUCUCUGAGCUUGAUGGCGUCCAUGUCAAGCUAUUCCUCAACCCCAAAGAGGAGAUUAGCGAGCUGCCGGUAAAGCGAUUCUUCCGUUACGUCCUCGACUCCGCGCCGAGCUUUGACGAGUCGGGUAAGGUUCGCGCUCUAGGUGCCACAUUCAAGGGUCUUCCGAGCGAGGCUCUGCUGACGACCGGCAUGGACAUCCCUCCUUCGUGGCUCGUGGCUCCCAAGGUCUGUGUUCACGACCCGGACAACAUCAAGUUGAGCUCUAUCAAAGGCGAUGUGAACGUCAUCUAUCAACUCGAAAACAUUCUCAUCGAGGGUCACUCUCGCGAAGGCAAGGCUGGUCAGCCUCCUCGAGGUGCUCAAGUAGUCCUCGGCACGGAAAAGGAGCCGCUCCUAGCCGACACCAUCAUCAUGGCGAACCUGGGGUACUUCCAGUUCAAGGCCAAUCCCGGCUUCUACAACAUCAACCUAAAGGAUGGCAAAACAACUGAGAUUUACACCAUUGAAAGCAUAGGCGCGCAAGGAUGGGCGCCGGUGCCUGGCGAUGAGGGCACCGAGGUCGCGCUGAUGGACUUUCAGGGCACCACACUUUACCCCCGCUUAAAGCGCAAGCCUGGCCAGGAGAAGGCCGAUGUACUGCAAGAAGACGAGGCAGAGGAGGAUGGGGGUAUUAUCUCCCAAGGUCUCAAAUUUGCUGAAAGCCUACUUGGUGGCUCCACCAAAUCCCUCUCGGCGCAGGAACACGCCGACAUUAACAUCUUCUCCGUGGCCAGCGGUCAUUUGUACGAGCGCAUGUUGAACAUCAUGAUGGUUAGUGUCAUGAAGAACACGAAGCACACGGUCAAGUUCUGGUUCAUCGAGCAGUUCCUAUCGCCCUCGUUCAAAGAUUUCAUCCCUCACCUAGCAGAGGAGUACGGCUUCAAGUACGAAAUGGUCACGUUCAAGUGGCCGCACUGGCUACGCCAGCAGAAGGAGAAGCAGCGCGAGAUCUGGGGCUACAAGAUUCUCUUCCUCGACGUCUUGUUCCCGCUGUCCCUCGACAAGGUCAUCUUUGUCGAUGCCGACCAGAUCGUGCGCACUGACAUGAUGGACCUCGUCAACCACCCGCUCGAGGGCGAUCCCUACGGCUUCACGCCCAUGUGCGACUCGCGCACCGAGAUGGAAGGCUUCCGCUUCUGGAAGCAGGGCUACUGGGCCAACUAUCUCCGCGGCCAACCCUACCACAUCUCGGCGCUCUACGUCGUCGACCUCCGCCGCUUCCGCGACCUCGCCGCCGGCGACCGCCUGCGCCAGCAGUACCACGCUCUCAGCGCCGACCCGAACAGCCUGGCGAACCUGGACCAGGACCUGCCGAACCACAUGCAGUUCACCAUUCCCAUCCACAGCCUGCCGCAGGAGUGGCUCUGGUGCGAGACAUGGUGCAGCGACGAGAGCCAGGCCGAGGCGAGGACGAUCGAUCUGUGCAACAACCCGCAGACGAAGGAGCCCAAGCUCGACCGCGCCAGGAGGCAGGUGCCCGAGUGGACCGUCUACGACGACGAGAUUGCCGCGCUGGACCGCAGGAGGAGGGGCGUGCCCGAGGAGGUCAUCGAGAAGAACCCCAAGAGCCGCACCUUGGAGGAGCCUAAGAGUACAGGCAAGGAUGAGCUGUAG